UACUUGAGAAGUGGAGGAUUAGGUGGGCCACGGUUAUAAAGCCCUCCAAAGUCCAGGUAUUUAGUUUGCUGUGCCCGGAGCUAGACUUGCUUCUGAUCAGGAUUAGCUGAAAAGACUGAACUGACCUGGAUACACAACAUGCACAGCAGCACUGCCGAAACUCCACAUACAGAUGGAACGUGUAAUGAGACUUUGUCCACGCAGUCACCGAGCUCUGAGUUUUCACUGGGUGUGUUGGUGCUGCUGGCUUUCCUCAUGGUGUUGCUAGCUCUGGUGACCAUCCUUGGAAACGUCCUGGUGAUCCUUGCUUUCAUCAUGGACAGAAACCUCCGGCAUCGGAGUAACUAUUUCUUUCUCAAUCUCGCUAUUUCUGACUUUGCAGUGGGUGUGUUCUGCAUGCCUCUCUACAUCCCUUACAGCCUGACGGGGAAAUGGCACUUGGGAAGAGGUGUCUGCAAGCUCUGGCUAGCUAUGGACUAUCUCCUGUGCACAGCUUCAGUAUUUAACAUUGUUCUUAUCAGCUAUGACCGUUUCCUGUCAGUUACUAAAGCUGUAUCUUACAGAGCCCAGCAAGGAAUAACAUCCAACCCUGUCAUCAAGAUGGUGGCCAUCUGGUUCUUUGCCUUCCUCCUCUACUGCCCGGCAAUCCUCUUUUGGGAGUAUGUGGCCGGACGCAGCGUGGUAGCAGCGGAUCAGUGCUACGCUGAGUUCUUCAACAACUGGUACUUCCUCCUGUGUGCAUCCACCCUGGAGUUCUUUGUGCCGCUGCUUUCAGUGACCUACUUCAAUGUGCACAUCUUCCACAACAUCCAGAGGCGCCAGCGGCAUGGCAGCAUGCAGGAUUGUGAGCUUCCAAGGAGUGGUAGCCUGUCCUGGAGAUGUUGCUUCUCACUGAGGCAAGGAGGGUUUUCUCCUCCAUCAGAAGCAGAGGACAGUGUUUCUUCCUCCGUGAAGCCAAAGAAAGAGUCCUUGGUAACUGAGAGCUCAUCUCCAUCCAGAGGCAAUUCUGUAACCCCAGAAAAUGACUUAUCUGUUUCCUUCUGUGCAAGGACCAGGUCAAAACUGCAGCAGGACAAGAAAAUAGCGAAAUCACUUGCCAUAAUUGUGUGUGUCUUUGCCAUUUGCUGGGCCCCAUACACUUUACUGAUGAUUAUUCGUGGGGCCUGCCAAGGCACCUGUGUCCAUAACUCCUGGUAUGAAAUAACCUUUUGGCUUUUGUGGCUCAAUUCUUCUCUGAAUCCAUUUCUCUACCCUCUCUGUCAUGUUAAAUUUCGAAUGGCUUUCAUGAAAAUAUUAUGUCCCAAAAAGUUUGCAACAUUGAGAUCAAGCUCUUUUUAGAAAGAAAAAGAAAAAAAAAAGCCCAAGAGGAGCUGGAUGAGGGAUGUAAGUAGCCACAGUUUGAAAUUAGAGCUAGUCUCUUCCAGAUUAGUCUAGUUAGGAAGCCUAGAUAAGCCUUCUGUGAAAUAUGUCCUCCUUCAGAUAAACAUUCAUGCCCAAAGUUUGUGUACUUUUUCCAGCUAUUUCAAUUGGUCAGUUAAAGGAUAGUGCCCUUGUCUGACUAGGAGUCUAUCCACAUCAUCUUCACUCAUGUUGUUGAAGAUGCUAUCUUCCAUUGC